AUGACAUCCACCUAUCUCCCACCCAACUCCAACUCCAUCGUCUCGACCUACAACGGCCACUCCUCCACCACCGCCAAUGCCGACGAACCCCUCUUCGCCUCCCUCUCCAACUCCUCCAACCCCAACCCAUCUCGCGUAUGCUAUUUCUUCGACUCGGACAUCGGCAACUAUCACUACGGACCCGGCCAUCCCAUGAAACCUACCCGUAUCCGUAUGUGUCAUUCCCUAGUUAUGAACUAUGGUCUCUACAAACGCAUGGAGAUCUUCCGUGCCAAACCCGCUACCAAACGCGAAAUGUCCCAAUUUCACACCGAUGAAUACGUCGAGUUCCUAAACCGUGUAACUCCUGAUAAUGUCGAUUCGUUCGUGCGGGAACAGGCAAAGUUCAACGUCGGCGAUGACUGCCCCGUUUUUGAUGGCUUGUUCGAGUAUUGUAGUAUAUCAGCAGGGGGAAGUAUGGAGGGAGCAGCUAGGUUGAGUAGAGAUAAAUGCGAUAUAGCUAUUAAUUGGGCUGGGGGUUUACAUCAUGCCAAGAAGGGAGAGGCUAGUGGGUUUUGUUAUAUCAAUGAUAUUGUGUUGGGCAUUUUGGAGCUGUUGAGGUACCAUCCGAGAGUGUUGUAUAUCGAUAUUGAUGUUCAUCAUGGAGAUGGAGUCGAAGAGGCCUUUUACACUACGGAUAGGGUUAUGACUUGUUCUUUUCACAAAUAUGGAGAGUUCUUCCCAGGGACAGGCGAACUCCGCGACAUCGGGAUAGGCAAGGGCAAGAUGUAUUCUUGCAACUUUCCCCUGCGAGAUGGGAUCACAGACGAAUCCUACAAAACCGUAUUCGAACCGGUGAUCAGCCAGAUUAUGCAACAUUAUCGACCUUCAGCAGUAGUCUUACAGUGCGGAUCCGAUUCUUUAGCUGGCGACAAACUCGGAUGCUUUAAUCUUUCCAUGCGCGGUCAUGCUAAUUGCGUUGAGUUUGUAAAAUCUUUUGGUCUACCCCUACUGCUACUGGGUGGUGGAGGAUAUACAAUGCGUAACGUCUCUCGAGCAUGGGCUUUCGAAACCGGCCUUGCCGCUGGACAGGAGUUGAACCCUCAAAUCCCCGUGAACGAAUACUACGAGUAUUUCGGCCCAGAUUACAGGCUCGAUGUUCGACCCAAUAAUAUGGAGGAUCUCAAUACUCGCGAUUACCUCGAGAAGAUCAAGAUCCAAGUCUUCGAAAAUCUACGACAAACAGCACACGCACCUUCAGUUCAAGGGCACGUAGAGCCAAGGAGUAUCGCAGAGCAGCUCCACCUGGAAAACCUAGAGCGUGGGGAAGGGGAGGCGGAUGAGGAGAUGGGCGAUUUAGCAGAUAAAGGAGGAUUACAGGGUUUGGAGGAUAAACAUCCGGAUGAGAGGGUUGUGGGGUUGCAGGCGUUUAGGGAUUAUAGUAGGAGAGGUGAUGAUGAGUUGGAUUCUGAAGGGAGGGCGAAUCCGACUAGAGUUGCAGAUGGGGACGGGGGGAAUGGGAUGAAUGGGGUGAAUGGGGUGAAUUGGGGGAAUGGGGUGAAUGGGGUGAAUGGGGUGAAUGGGGGUGGAGGGGGAAAGAUGGGGAUUAUGGAAACGAAGAAUCCAACAACGGAGGAAGAGGAGAAUAGGAUCGAUGAACGGAUCGAACAGGAAAGCAUUGCUAAGUCGCAGGCUAAACGGGUUGAGGCUGAGGAGGAGAAGCCGGCCGAGCCUGUGACGGCAGCGGAAGGUGAAGGUGGAGCUAAAGACGCAGCAUCUAGCACGACGAGUGCGGAUGCAGCGGCUGCGCCUUCAGCAACAAAUGCGACCGAAGCCGGAGCACAAGCUUUUACUGCCCAUGUUGCCAACGCUCCAUCGACAGAAGCAGCACCUGCUACAACGGCAACAGAAGCUUCUUCCAACACUGACGCUCCUGCUGAUCCCGCUGCAACAUCUUCAGCUGAAACCACCGCUGCAUCUGGUGAUGCAGCUUCGGUUGAAGCAGCAAAAUCCACAGGUGAGGAAGAGUCCAAGAUGGAUCUUGACUAG